CGCGAUAUUCGGACUGGUGAUAAAGUAAUUCCUAAGUAGUCCGCGUACACUUAUCUGUGCAAAAGACACGCAGAUCAAAUCAAAUGAUAUCGAGCUUUCAAACAUUCCCAAAGUCGGCUCAGCUUCGCAGAAGUCUCUUCUAUGCUCAAUCUCAUUUUCCAAACUGCAAUUUUUGUAUCCUUCGUUUCCCGCGCGAAUGGUUCUCAAUACCAAACAAGUAGGAGCCUCAAAGGUUCCGUCGAAACGUACGAUCAUUGAAUUCCCACAACCGAAGCGUAAAAAGUUCCACAAAGACUCAAUGAAAGCGCGAUAACUUUCAACAGGUUGCUCUCGACCAGCUGGUAAAUAGCGUUACGUUAUCUGCGUUCGUUUGGCUUGCGGCGCACGAUCGGAAUCAUGGCAGCCCUUGACCGCAAAAGGCUCGAGCCUAGCAUUUGGCCAGACCGGAGAAGGCAAAUAUCGUGGCCGGCCACUUCAAAACGCGCCCCGUUGUUUGCGUGUACAUUCGCGGGGGGGCGAGUCCGUGCGGGAUACCAGUUGGUCGCGAUAAACAUACAUCUCCUGGCCCACGAGGUUGAAUCUUGCGUUUGUCGGCUACGCGCUGCGGGACGGCUAGAGCCUGGCGGUAGGUGCGAGAGGCGUCACAGCACCGCGCCGCAUUCCGGCGAUAAGCCGAGGAUGGUCGGCGCCGACGUCGCAGCGCCCCGCGUUGACGAGCGGCCGGUACGCGAUCGCGGAGAAGAGGCGUGCGCGCGGCCGCGGCGCGCGGGCUCGUCGGAGUAGGAGCGAUUAGAUUAGCGGACGUCGCGGCGAGAAGCGAGCGCGCGGCCAGUCGCCUUCAGGAUGCGUAGCGCUACCGACGGAGCGCGGCUGCUGCUGCUGCUGCUGCUGCUGCUGCUGCCGCUGCUGCUGGCCGGGACGAGCCGCGCCGAGUGGCACGACGACGUCGGGCCCUGGGUGACCGCCAGCAAGGGCGAGCCCUGGCCCCUGCCCCGCGAGCGCCAGCUCGACGAGCAGCGCUACCGCCUGCUGCAGCCGAGCGCCUUCCAGUUUCAGGUGAUGCAGCGUAGCAGCUGCGACGUCCUCGAGGCGGCCGUCGGCCGCUACAAGCGCGUGGUGGCGCGCGAGGCCGAGCUCGCCCUCAGGUACCGCCGGGAGGAGCGGGCCAACGCGAGCGCGGCCCCCGACCACGACGGCGAUCUGGCUCGCCUGCAGAUCUACCUGAGCGGCGACUGCGAGGCCUACCCCCAGCUGGCCUCCAACGAGUCCUACGAGCUGCGCGUGGCGGAGGGCGCGGCGACGCUGCGGGCCAACUCCGUCUGGGGCGUGCUGCGCGGCCUGGAGACCUUCAGCCAGCUGGCCGCCUGGACGGACGCGGGCGAGCUGGUGGCGAGGGCCCAGCGCAUAAGGGACGCGCCGCUGCUGGCCCACCGCGGCCUGCUGCUCGACACCGCGCGCCACUUCCUGCCGCUGGACGACCUGCUGCUGACCCUCGAGGCCAUGGCCCACAACAAGCUGAACGUGCUGCACUGGCACAUCGUGGACGACAACAGCUUCCCCUACGAGAGCGCCGAGUACCCGGAGCUGGCGCGCGCCGGCGCCUACCACCGCAGCCUGACCUAUAGCGCGGCGGACGUCGCGCGCGUGGUGGAGGAGGCGCGGCUGCGCGGCAUCCGCGUGCUGCCUGAGUUCGACAGCCCGGGCCACACGCGCAGCUGGGGCCAGGCCCGGCCCGAGCUGCUCACCGCCUGCUACGGGCCCGACGGCCGGCCCAGCGGCAAGCUCGGGCCCAUGAACCCCGCGCGGCCGCAGCUCUACGAGCUGAUGCGCGGCCUGCUGCGCGAGGUCCGCGGCCGCUUCCCCGAGGCCUACCUGCACCUGGGCGGCGACGAGGUGCCGUUCGACUGCUGGCGCAGCAACCCCGAGGUGCUGGACUUCAUGCGCCGCGCGAACAUGAGCGGGCGCUUCGAGCGCCUCGAGGAGCUGCACGUCCGCCGGCUCCUGGACAUCGCGGCCGAGUUGGGCGCCAAGGCCGUGGUCUGGCAGGAGGUGUUCGACAACGGCGUGCGGCUGGCGCCCGGCACCGCGGUGCAGGUCUGGACGGGGGCCUGGCAGGCCGAGAUGGCCGCGGUCACGCGCGCCGGCCACCCGGCCCUGUUGUCGGCUUGCUGGUACCUCGACCACGUGGCCGGCGGUGGCGACUGGCUCAAGUUCUACGGCUGCGACCCGCUCGACUUCCCGGCGAUCGAGCCGGGGCAGAAGGGCCUCGUGCUGGGCGGUGAGGCCUGCAUGUGGGGCGAGUUCGCCGACAAGAACAACGUCCACUCGAGGAUUUGGCCGCGGGCCUCCGCCGCCGCCGAGAGACUGUGGAGCGUUGGACGCCAAGACAACGAGUCGGCUGCGCAUCGUCUCGAGGAGCACGCCUGCCGGAUGAACCGCCGAGGGGUGCCCGCCCAGCCGCCCAACGGCUCCGGAUUCUGCCUCAGCUGAAUCGGACCACCGCUUCGGUGCUGUAGCGCUUCUAUUGAACGAUAUAUCUGUAUCUAGCAUCCGAAUGAAAUCUCCUUAUUAUUCGACUCCUCUCCAGUCUUUGCGCGCACUCGGU